AUGUCUGAAAGUUCGUCGCAAAAAAGAACAAGGACAGCUAUUAGUGAUUAUUUAAAACGAGAAAUAUGUAAAUAUAGUCAAAGCCAUCCUCAUGUAAAACAACUAGAUAUUGCAAACCACUUUAAUUCUCAAGAUCCCAAUUUAAAUUUAGAUCGGACCACAAUUUCUAAAAUUUUAAAGGAUAAAUCAAGAUGGUUAGCUGUUGCAGAUGAUCAAUCGAGCUCUAUAACUUUUCGACAUAAGCAAGUAAAAUAUCCUUUAUUGAAUCAAGCAAUGAAGCUCUGGAUCGAACAAGUCACUCGUGGUGAAAUGAUUAUAACAGAAUUAAUGAUUAAAGAGAAAGCAACAAUUUUUGCAAAAGCUUUAAAUUUGGGCGACGAUGCUUUAAAAUUUUCAAAUGGAUGGAUUCAUAAAUUCAAACGACGUAACAACCUUAGAAAUUUUCGAUUACACGGUGAAUCGAAUAGUGCACCAUUAUCUUUACUUCCAGAAUAUAAAAAAAAAUUACACGACUUGAUUGAAAAUUAUACAUUAGAUAAUGUGUUUAAUGCAGAUGAAACAGGGCUCUUUUUUCGCAUGGCACCAGAUCAAACACUUGCAUCUCAAUCAAGACCUGUAAUCGGAUCAUCAAUCUCACCUCGCGCACUUUUUCGUAUUAAUUAUGACACUUUACCUGUUAUUUAUCGUGCAAAUUCUCGUGCUUGGAUGAGAAAUGAUAUAUUUUCAGAAUGGUUAAAAGAUUUAGACCAAAGAUUUUGCAUUCAAAAUCGUCAAGUCUUGUUACUAGUAGAUAAUGCCUCUUCCUAUUUUUAUGACCAAUCUAAUAUUGCUAAUAUCAACGAAUUACGUGGAUCAGAUGAAUUAAAUGUUAAUUCAGAGGAAGAAAUAUUUGAUAAUAAUUUAGAACCUGAAAUAUCCACCACCUUAUGCGGGAAUCGUCGAGGUCGAGGUAGGCGAAGAGUAACUACAACGGAACAAGAUUCGAGCAAUAGUCGUAGUAAGCGUGGUAAUCGUGGUAACCGUGGUAGUCGUGGUGGUCGUGGUG